GUCCAUGAUCUGUUGUUUUUGAGAAUCUCCUCAUCCACAAUUCAUUUGUCCUCUAUUCACUAUUUGCCAUGAUGCCGACUCGCCGAAGAAGUUAUGAGAUGACUUGUGCGUUGGUUGACCUCGUAAGUUGCUAAAUGAUCUAGGAAGUCCUCUACCUACGAUCUGGGUUGUUUGUUGCUAUAGAGGUCUGGAGAGUUGCAUUGGUUUGAGUUAGGUUUGCUUGGGGACAAGCAAACGGUUAAGUGUGGGGGAGUUUGAUAGACCGUUAGUUACACAUGUUUUCACCCCUGUUCUUACACCGUUGGAGAUGUGGUUUCUCGUGUUUUAGACCGAUUUCACGCUAGGUUGUGCUUGUUUGUGAUAUUUCAGGUCCUGGCAAGUGAAUGAAGGUUUAGGAGCGAGUUCGGGGUCGAUUGGGCGAAGAUUGGGCGUGAGACAAGUCACAAAGGAGGUCACACGGGCUGCCCUGAUGUUCACACAGCCGUGUGAAGGAGUAGUCUGGCCGUGCGAGUUUCGCCGAGAGCAAACACGGGCAGAGCAGGACAUCCACACGGCCGUGCAAGAGGCCAGUCUGGCCGUGUGGAAUUCUGCGUGAGCAAACACGGGCAAAAAGGAAGUUCACACGGCCGUGCCACUCUGGCCGUGCAAAGAGCCUGGAAUUCGAACUAAUUGAAACGCAGCGUUUUGACUCACACGGGAAACUGGGUAAGCCACACGGCCGUGCCACCCUGCCCGUGUGAGUCGGGAUUUUCUGCUUAAAACCCGAUUUUCAGCCAAAGGAGAAGAGGAGUUUUUGGAUCCCAAACACCCAAGGGACGAACCAAAGAGAGAGAGGGCGAUUUGAGGGCAUUCUUGGAGUAGAGAAGGAGGAUUUCUUCGCCUUGGAAGCUUGAGGAACAAGCCCGGACUUGAAGACUGAUCAUCUGAAGAUUCUUACUGCAGUCUCUCUCUUCUCUAUGGAGUAACUUCCCUUCACUUAGGUUUUGAGGAACCCUAGCUAUGUUUGUUUGAUUGGAUGAUUGUAUGAGUACUCUGACUUGAUAAUCUUGAGUUCAUAUUCAAUCUAUGCAUGUUUUCAUGAUUCAAUUCUGCUUUAGUCGAGAUUAUUGAUUCUGCUUUGAUCCUAUGAGAGGGAAUACCUGAUUAGGUCAAUAGAGCACCAUAGAUUGAUAGUAGUGGAUCGAUUGCUUUAGUCAAGGGUUGAUUCACUGCUUUGUAUCGAUUGAGAACCUCUUUCGAUAGAGGGAGUCUAGUUCAGAACGCCUUGAUCAGUUGUUCUAGAGAAGGAUACGUCCCUCUAGGCAAUUGACUCAAGAGGGCCUUGUUCCUUUAGUCGAGACUCAAGGUCUAGUCAAGGAUUCUCCGCAUUGUGAAUGAAAGUGAAACAGGUUAGAGAUCAUCAAUUAUUAAUCUGGCUAGUGGCUAGGGGGAAUCAUACCUAAGUGAGUUCCCAACCUGUAAUUAGAUUAACUUUAACUGUAGUUUGCUAGAGUAGUUUUAGUUCUUUCAUCUUAAUCUGAUUUGCUAAAUAAUAAACUGAAGCUGAGUAAUAGUAACUCUAGAGACCUGUGGAUUCGAUAUUUAUCACUUGAGCCACUAUACUGCAGUCCCUUUCAUUGGUUACACUUGGCCUUUGUUAGGUGUUGUGUUUUAGAGCAGUCAGGCAGCAUGCUCAAUCUGCCCCGCAUCAUAUUGUUGCGCACCUGCUGCUGGAAGGCCCUCCUUCUCGACAUAAAGGAGGCGAACUCCUCCUCUGAAGAUAGCUCGAACGGUGAUGGGUCGAGGAGAGCAAAUGAGGGAAGGGAAAAGCAGCUCAGCCCAACCCAACUCCAAUCCUCCAAGGUUCAUCCAAAGUGCAAGCCCAAGAUACCAUGAGGGUAACAGUCGGGUCGGGCUUAAGAAAGCAACAGCUGGGCUCCUACCUGGGCUCAGUCAAAAAACAUAUGCAAAUCAUUAAGGGGAUGGAAGUCUAAUUGCCAGUGGGCCUGCUUUGGAGAUCAGGGCCCAAAUUUCAAAGGGAAUAGACUUAAGCCCAAUCAUGAAACAACCUAUGCAAUUGCAAGUGCAAGAUCCAACCCAAUCCUAUGGGCUUUGUAAUUUAUUUUGUGAUGAAAAUCCUAUUUUUUUAUUUGAAUAUUUGGAUGAGUCUUACCCUUUUGAAUUUCAAGGAGAAAUGUGCUUGCAAAAUCUUGAGGCCCACUUAUUAUGCUAAGAUUUCGCAGUGUCAUGUUCCCCUAUUGGACUAGUCAAUGACGGGAAGUCGAAAGGGAAGGCCAUUAUGGUGGAAUCUCCGGGAUCUCCUAUUGUUUAUACUCAUAGAAAUGCGAGUACAUGUAUCCAAGAACCAAAAGAAGGAGUGGUGGAUUCGGAUCCAAGGAAUUUCUCAAAAGCAAGGGGUGGAGCUGGCCUACCCCAAGUGGCCCCAAACCGAUAAAUGAAUAUAUUUGCGUGGAAUUGUCAAGGUGUGAGGAGUCCAUUGACAUUCCAAACACUAAAAACUCAUCCUUGUUUGGCUAAGUCAUUUCUCUUUCUUUGUGAAACCAUGUCAUCUAGGACCACGGUUUCUUCUUUUAUUUCCUCGUUAGGUUUUUCCGAUAGUCAUAUUGUAGAUGCCUCCGGCAUGUCGGGGGGGGGGGGGGGGGAUUAGUCUUUGCUUGGCCACGUCUGGCCUCCGUGUCUGUCAUUGGGUCCACCACCUUUUAUGUUGAUAUCUCUAUUAUUAAUAAUAUCUCCUCUUGCUAUGGUGAGUGUCAUCGUUUCGUUCUAAUCAGAGUUUAUCUCUCGUACGUAAUCGCAAAAAGACAAGAACAUUUAGAGGAAUUACGGAGAUUCUCUUCCCGUUUGUCAGAUCCAUUUCUGAUCAUAGGGGAUCUUAAUUGUUCCCUAUUUCCCUAGGAGAAAUUAGGAGGAGCUACUUGACGAAUGGACAAGGAACGCCCUUUGUGGGAUUUUUACAUCAUACUGGCCUCUUUGAGACCCCAUUCCAAGGGCCAAAAUUUACAUGGACAAAUCGUGGCAGAAAUGUUAUUACAAUUGAACAACGAAUUGAUAGAGCGUUUGUCUUUUCAUCCUGGAUGAGUUAUUGGCCCAACUCUUUUCUUUACCAUCUUUCCGAUAAGGGUUCAGAUCACCGAUUAUUGCUAUUUACUACUUGUGUCAUGGCUCCUCGAACGAAAAGACUAUUCAGAUUUGAUAUCCGGUGAACAACUAUGCCGGAAGCAGGGCUUAUGACAAACUAUGUUUGGGGACUACAAAUUGUUGGAUAUCUUCAAUUUUGCUUAUUUUCUCUACUGUUGCGAGUGAGACAUACCUUAGUCGAAUGGUGCAAGGGCGGUCAACCAAAUUCUGCAAGGUUGAUCAAUGACCUUAAUCUAGCCCUCGAAAGAGUUAGGAAUGACCAAAUAGUGGAUUGGAAUCUGGUUAGGACCUUAGAGGAUAAUUUGUCCACUCAAUACAAAAGAGAAGAGCUAUAUUGGAACACCUCUCAGUGCCAUGGAAAAAGACUUCAGCGACAACUACACUUAUUUGUGCUCUCAGGUUUGGCGGAACAUGAUACCCGAAUAGGAGUCCUUGGAUAUAAUGGACCUUAAAAACGACACAUUUUUUUUUAUUACCUUUGUAAGUAAUAAGGACAAUAUCAAAUC